UGAUGCUGUCAACAGAGUAAACGAAGGUUGAAAAGUAGGUAAAAGGUUUUUAAACAUUUUACUACUUGUAACAAUAUAACAGUGAUUUGACCAUGCAUAGGAUUAAGUAGAAAGUGCACAUUAUGUGGGCUGCAUUUUAGUGAGCACAUGAAAACAACGCGCAUACAGUUCUAUCCAAUGAAAAAUUAAUUGAUCUAAACUCGAAAACAGUAGGUAUGUAAUAUUUAUUUAUAACUGCAUAGACACCAAUUGGUUGAAAUAUUAUGGAUUAUGGAUAAUAUCGAAGUGGAAUCAAAUGGUUCAUAUAGUUUAGACAGUCUACGAUCAGAUGUUUCAAGUUUAUUGGGCUUGAGCGCAUAUGGAGCCGAAUUUGCAGAAUUGAAACAGUUAGUCAACGAUUCAGAGCACUAUGAGCAAAUUUCAGCUUCCAGUUCAACGUCAGAGGCGGAUAGAGACUUAAUAACCAAGGAAUAUGAGGAGCCCGUCACAUACCUUCAAGGCAACGGUAAGAAUGCAAACCGUAUCCAGAAACUAGUCAAAACAAAUAGACAAUUAGAGUUAGAGCUGGAAAACUCCAACAAGCAAAUUGAACGCCUGAUUCGUAAUUAUCAAAACAAACAGAAUUUGCAGGCUUUUCAAAGCACAUUGGAUUUAGAAAAGGAAAACUAUCAGUUAAAAUUACAGUAUUCCAAAUUGCGGAAACAAUCUGCUGCAACUCAACAGGAGCGAGACGAAUUAAAUAGAGAAAACGCACAUUUGAAAGUUAGUUUGGAGGAAUGCACAUUGGAAAGGGACAUUCAACUGAAAUCAAUUAAUUCCUUGAAGGAGAAAGUUUGCGAGCUGCAUGUAGCAAAUGAAAAUCUGCUAAAAUAUGUCAGCAAUUUGAAAUUUACUCAAAACGUUUUAAACGCAAGACUUUUAGAUUCGUACAGAUCAAGAAUUUGGUACAAGAAACAGUUGGCUGGAUGCCAACAUGCUAAGUCAAAGUUCCAUGGGGAGUUAAUAACUUGCAAGAGCGAAAUCGCCGAUUACAUAAAUCAGAUUUCGGGCUUAACUGCCGAUCUAAUCCAAUGCAAAAAUGAAUACGAACAAUUGAUUGAAGCCUCAAAUGAAAAACUGGCUACCCCUAUUAUAUCAUUGCCUUUCGACAUUAAGAAAUGUGAACAGCUUGCAAGUUGCGCAGAUUCGGUAGAAAAGAGUGCGGUGUUAAAUAACACCGCAUCUCAAGAAUAUGUUUAUAUUCAAACCAUUGCAGAGUUGAAGGAAGAAAUCGGCCAAAUCAGAGCAGCGAAUCUGGAUAACCACAGAAGCCUGGACAAUUUAAAAUGUAAACAUUCCGCUACAAUUGCUAUGAAUUUGAGUUUGGAAACAAUUCUUACGCAAAAAGAUUUAGAUAUUAAACUAUUAACAUGCUCGAAGGAUGACUUGAUAGUCCAAGUGGAAUGUUUGAGAAGCAAAAACAAAGAACAACUUUCGGAAAAUCAACAACUUAAAAAAAGCUUAUUGAUUUUGGAAGUGAAGCUGCACCACAGGAAAAGAGAAAAUGCAAAUGUGGAAAACUGUAUAGAAGCCAUCAGGGACCAGUUGAUAGGAUUGAACAAAAUUCAUCAAAAAGUAAAAAAUGAACUGUAUUUAAAAACUACAGAACUUGCCACCCUUAAAGAGAACAAUCGAGAAGUUAUGGACAAUUGGUCUGUAUGCAAACUGAGGCAAAAUAAACUAGAAACUCUCAUUGCCCGCCUAAGAAAGGAUAAUGAAUCUUGUGAAUCAAGUAUCAAAGAAUUAAAGGAUGAACUGGUGAAAAUAAAAAUCAUAGGUGAAAAACGACAAUUUCCCCAAGAGACACCUAGAACAUCAUCGAAAAUGAGAUCGCCACAUUCCCAUCACAAAUGCGACAAUGCAACUAGUGAAAGGAGCCUAUCCGUUCUUGAAUUAACGAAUUUAAAUAUGGAUGCUUUUUCACAGCACAAUUUGGAACGAAUUACCGAUGAUCAGAAGGUUGAACUUCUAUUCAACAAUCAGCCGUUUCCAAACAGUUUUAAGUCAAAUGUUGAUGUAACCAGCACAUCUUUACCUCCUUUCCACAACAGGAAAAACUGUAUUGCAAAACUUCAUAUUGAGGGGUUUGAGAAAGGGAUGGAUACAACAUUGGAAUACCUAGCGGACCCGAUAAAUGUGUAUGGAAGAAGAUUGAAUCCUGAAUACGACAGUGCUGAUAAAUUACAGAUAAAUAAAAUUAAAGAGUUAAACAUUCUUCUACAAGUGAAGGAAAGAGAAAUACAGGAAAAGCGAAGAAAAAUGGACACAAACAAUCGAAUUCUUUUAAGAAAGGUUAAAGAACACAUGAGAGGUAGAAAUGCUGCGGAGAAACAGUUAAAACAGCUUCAAGAAUUAUAUAACCAUCUUGCAUGCGACCGCAAUAAUCUAAAGAUGCUUUUAAAUUCGAGAGACUCUGAAUUGAAGACUUUACAAGAAUUGUGUGAAGACUUUAAGGUAGAGUCUGAGAAGCAAAGAACCUCAAUAGUAAUUUUAGAGUAUCAGUUAAGGAAGAUCCAGACCUGCUGGAAAUGUAUGAAAUUGCAGGAAAAUAAUCAGUGUCUGGAAGCAGAAUUGGACCAAGCAAAGAAGGAUGUAGAACUACUCCAAAGCAAGAAUAACGUAUUAGAAACUAAAGUUUUGUCUCAACAACAACAAAUUGUCACAUUAAGCUCGGAAAAUGAAGGUAAAAACAUGGAAAAUGUACAACAAGAACUGCUUGAAAAGCUGCAAAGUCAGUUAGUAAAUGCUGAUAAAUACUCGGAGAAAAAUGAAAAAUUAAACGCAAAAUUAGCAGACUGUGCAAAUCGGAAUGAGAUUCACUCAACUGAACUACAAACACACUCUUCUAAUUUUCAUCGCUUUGUUGAAUUUUGUCAAGAGUUACAGCAACAGGUUGACGGCUUGCAAAACCGACUUUUUGAGGAGAACACGACUUUUCAAAAGCACAUUGCUGAUUAUAAGAGCAAGAUGCAAAGCUUGCAAACCAUUAUUCAAGUCUUGCAUAAUGAUAGGUCUUUCCUUCACCGGAUUUCUAGGGAUUUGAAAUUGUCUCUAAAUUCAUGUAUGGGCCGUAAUCAGAAACUGCAGGAACAAAUUCGAUUGUUCAGCUCAGAUAAUCAUGUUUUGAAAAGCCGCUCGAGGUUUCUGGAUGACAGAUUGCCUGUAGGAAACUGGGAUGAUACAUCGAUUAACCAACUGUUGCAAAAAUGUUCGGGCACGUCGGAUAAAGCAGUUAUAGGUGGUUUGCAAAGCCACUUGAACGGACUUCGGGACGAAAUAUUCAAUUUACAAGAACAAAUAUUGAGGAAAAAGAGUGAGACAUGUUAGAAGUGAUAUUAGAUUAUUUAAGCUAGAUUAAUUUAAUUUAAUAGCCUUCUCAACCGAGGUGGUUAGGUAGACUUUGUUUUAUUACUGCAAUAUUUUAUUUGAUUAGAUUUUGAGUUUACCGUUAAUUUGUUGAAAUAUUGCAAUAUUUGAUAGCCUGACGAGCUUCCCAAACUUCGCUUUAGUAACGCAUACCGUUUAAAAGUAGCAUAAGCUUUUGCAACUUUGACCAAAUUGACUUUGAAUCAUAUUGAAGAUUCAAAAUGUUAUGGAAUGGAAUACAUUUUCAUUGAAUGAAA